AAUCAGAAUUUUUUUAAUGGGAGCAUUAUUUUUUAAAAAAGGAGUAGAUAAACUUUAACCAACAACAAAAUCAUUCUUUGAAUUUGAACUUAAUAAUAUAGAUGGAUAAAGAACUAAGCUAUCUCAAUUCAAAGGUAAAAAAGCAUACAUUUGUGUAAAUGUUGCCUGUUCUUGUGGAUUAACAUCUUCAAAUUAUAGUGAACUUGUUGAGCUUUAUAAAACAUAUAGGUAACAGAUAAUAAAAUUUAAGUGCUCAAGGCCUGGAAAUUUUAGGAUUCCCAUGUAAUCAAUUUAUGGGCUAGGAAUCAAAACCUGAACCUGAAAUUAAAUAAUUUGUUAUCUCCAAGUAUGGAGUUUCAUUUCCAUUGUUUUAGUAAUUGCUCAAAUAUAUUGUAGAAAAAUUGAAGUUAAUGGUUAAAACACUCAUGAGGUUUAUAAAUAUUUGAGAUUAAACAGUUCCCUUAAAGUAAGUGCUAAUGAAGCAAAGGAAGUACCAUGGAAUUUUGGAAAAUUCUUACUUAAUUCAGAGGGCCAAGUUAUUAGUUUUUAUAAUCCAGAUGUCAAACCAAAAUAAAUGAAGUAAGAAAUUGAAAAAUUGUUAAAUCAUUGAAUAUAUUUUUAAUAAAG